AUGGUGACAACACGACGAUUUUCACUUGAGCCGAAUGGUAAGUUCAAGGGUAAGACGAUAGGAUUUAGGCACUUGCAGUGUCUGCUCAUAUCCUUGGGCUUCAGUUUGCUCUUCGCCAUGCGUGUAAAUCUCUCUGUGGCCAUUGUGGCUAUGAUGGACAAUAAGGGCUCGAAUCCAGACUUUACGGAAUACCAUUGGUCACAGCAGACGAAAUCACAUAUACUGAGCAGCUUCUUCUGCGGUUACAUUUUAGUGCAAAUACCGGCCGGUGGUUGGGCGCGUCGCUUCGGUGGACGCUUACUACUGCUGCUCAGUGUCACGCUUAGCAGCAUUUUCGCACUAAUCACACCGCUUAGUGUCAGUUUGGGCGGUUGGCAACUGUUAUGUAUGCUGCGCUUCUGUCAGGGUCUGUGUCAAGGCGUUACGCUGCCGACCAUAGCAACGCUGAUGUCCAAAUGGGCACCGAUUGAGGAGCGUAGUGCCUUACAAACUUAUUGCUAUUCGGGCGCUCAGUUGGGUAUAGUGGUGAUGUUGGCCACCAGCGGUGUGCUUUGCUCCUCAUCGUGGGGUUGGCCGAGCACUUUCUACCUACCCGGUUUGUUGGGUUUAGUUUGGUCGGGCCUGUGGCUAGUGUUCGGUGCAAGCACACCACGCCAUUGCAAGCACAUUUCGGCGGGUGAGCGUGCCAUGAUCGAGGAGUCGUUGGGUCACGACACCAAGAGCGCUGAAUUCGCUAAAACACAUGCUGUGCCGUGGAAGCAAAUAUUUACGUCGAAACCAUUUUUGGUGUUGAUCUUCAAUCAUUGUACAAAUAAUUGGUGUUUCUGGACGUUGCUCACACAAAUACCGUCGUACAUUAACAGCGUACUCGGCAAGGACAUCAAGAGUAAUGCUUUGCUCUCGUCGCUGCCUUACAUAACUAUGUUGGCAUUAUCUAUGAUCUGCUGCCCGCUAGCGAGUUGGCUGGAGAAAUCGAAAUUGCUGAAUGCAACCGUGAGUCGGAAGAUCUUUAAUACCAUCGGUCAGUGGAUACCGGUCGUCACGCUUGUGUCGCUCGGCUAUCUGCAGCCAGAGCAAGGCGAUUUGGCAAUCAUUUUGUUAACCGUAACUGUUGCCAUCAAUACAAUUGGCCACUUCGGCUACGCGGUGAACCAUCUGGACUUGGCGCCCAACUUCGCCGGCACGCUUAUGGGCAUAGUCAACUGUUCGGCUAAUGUGAUGAGUAUCAUAGCGCCGUUGGUGGUGGGUUACAUCGUCACCGAUACGACAAACGUCUAUCAGUGGCGCAUAAUUUUCACAGUGGCUGGCGGCAUGAGCUUUUCGGGCAAUCUGAUGUUCUUGAUUUUUGGUACCGCCAAACAGCAGCCAUGGAAUAACCCACCACAAAUCGUGCAGGAAGCAGAACCUCUCAAGAGUUUAGGCGUCGAUGCAAAGCAGUUGGAAAGAGAGCAAGAGAAGGUUUGAGCGACGUGUUUGAUAACGGUUCAGUAUUGUAAUUAGUUUAUAAUUAAUCUUAAU